AUGGCAGCAUGUGGUUCUGCUAUCAAACUGGACUAUUAUGACAUCAUUGGAACUCUGGAUAAGAAGAGAGGAGAGAAGAGGGGGAAGCUGGAGGAGCAACUUGAGAAGGAGGUGGAGGUGAAACAGACAAAUGAGAACGGAAGGAAGGAAGUGGAGGAGGUGGCAGUUGAAGAGGUGAAGGCUGAAGAGGAGAAAAAUGAGGUGGAGAAACAGCUUUUGCUGAAGGAGGUCAGCAUUGAGUUAGUGAAGGAAGUGCGGAUUGACCUCGAGAGAGGAACAGGGGAGCUGAAAGAUGAGGAGACAUCUCUGAAGGAGGAGCAGGUGGAGGAACCUGUCCCAGCUGAUCCACUGGGUAUCCGAGAUGAAUCCAGUGAUGACUCUGCCAGUCAAUCUGAGCUAGCUGGAACAUGGAUUGAAGAGCUGCUGAUUGACGUUGAGACCAUCUUCACAGCUCGUGAGAACAUGGACAAACAGAAUUCACUGGAUGCUCACUGUCACAGCAAAGGUGGAGCUCCAGUGGAGGUGAAAGAAAGGAAGGAAAUGGAGGAGAUGAAAGUGUCAGAGGUGAUGGUUCAAAAGGAUCAGGAGAGAGUAAGAGAGGAACUGAAAGAUGAGGAGAUGUCUCUGAAGGAGGAGCAGGUGGAGGAACCUGUCCAAGCUGAUCCACUGGACCUGCUGUUGAACACAGUUCUGGCCAACAGUCUGAGCAAACUGGAGGAGAAGGAGACAACAGCCAUCAGCACACACUUUAAGAACAGUGGUGAUGCUCAACAUCAGGACUAUGAGCUGCUGCUCAUGAAGCUGAAGAGGAAAUGGACUAGAAUAUUUUCAGAAAUGAAUACUGUGACGAUGCCUCUGGUCCAUCCUCCGACCUCGAGCCUCCACAAUGAUACCCCAGUAGACCUCGAUCUCCAUCUGAACACCACAGUGGACUCCACCCUGAAAGAGGAGCUGAAACAGAUGGAUAUGAAGAGGAAGUGGAUGAAACGACUGAGGGAGAGGGAGGAGCUAAAGAACCUGACUGACAGUUCUGAUGAAAGGCCAGCAGAUGUCAGCCACACUGAGAAAAGUGUUCAGUCUCCGCCUCUACACCCACCACGGACCACCCCUCCUAAUGUACACUCACCAGUGAAGGGACACAAACAGAUGAAGAGGCACCUGAAUAAAACCAGCACUUGCUCUCAGGAACAGGGUCCAGCAAAACUGGAAGACAUGGAAGAGGCAGGAGAAGAGAAGAAGAGAGGAAAGAAGAGGGGGAAGCAGGAGGAGCAACUUAAGAAGGAGGUGGAGGUGAAACAGACAAAUGAGAAUGGAAGGAAGGAAGUGGAGGAGGUGGCAGUUGAAGAGGUGAAGGCUGAAAAGGAGAAAAAUGAGGUGGAGAAACAGCUUUUGCUGAAGGAGGUCAGCAUUGAGUUAGUGAAGGAAGUGCGGAUUGACCUCGAGAGAGGAACAGGGGAGCUGAAAGAUGAGGAGACAUCUCUGAAGGAGGAGCAGGUGGAGGAACCUGUCCAAGCUGAUCCACUGGCUUGCAAGACCACUGCUGCAUGUAAGGCAUCUGAGCAGGCAAUUAAAGAGACUUUGUUAUGGAGUAAAGACCUGCUGUUGAACACAGUUCUGGCCAACAGUCUGAGCAAACUGGAGGAGAAGGAGGCAACAGCCAUCAGCACACACUUUAAGAACAGUGGUGAUGCUCAACAUCAGGAGUAUGAGCUGCUGCUCAUGAAGCUGAAGAGGAAAUGGGCCGGAAUAUUCUCAGAAACGAGUGCUGUGAAGAGGCCUCUGGUCCAUCCUCCGACCUCCAGCCUCCACAAUGAUGCCCCAGUAGACAUGCAUCUCCAUCUGAACACCACAGUGGACUCCACCCUGAAAGAGGAGCUGAAACAGAUGGAUAUGAAGAGGAAGUGGAUGAAACGACUGAGGGAGAGGGAGGAGCUAAAGAACCUGACUGACAGUUCUGAUGAAAGGCCAGCAGAUGUCAGCCACACUGAGAAAAGUGACCUGCUGUUGCCCACAAAUCCCCCCAUCAAUUUGAGCAAACUGGAGGACAAGGAGGCGUCAGCCAUCAGCUCCCACUUAAAGAAAAGUGGCCAAGCUCAGUAUCAGGAUUAUGAGCUACUGCUGAUGAAAAUGAAGAAGAAAUGGGCCGGAAUAUUCUCAGAAACGAGAGCUGUGAAGAGGCCUCUGGUCCAUCCUCCGACCUCCAGCCUCCACAAUGAUACCCCAGUAGACCUGCAUCUCCAUCUAAACACCACAGUGGACUCCACCCUGAAAAAGGAGCUGAAACAGAUGGAUAUGAAGAGGAAGUGGAUGAAACGACUGAGGGAGAGGGAGGAGCUAAAGAACCUGACUGACAGUUCUGAUGAAAGGCCAGCAGAUGUCAGCCACACUGAGAAAAGUGACCUGCUGUUGCCCACAAAUCCCCCCAUCAAUUUGAGCAAACUGGAGGACAAGGAGGCGUCAGCCAUCAGCUCCCACUUAAAGAACAGUGGCCAAGCUCAGUAUCAGGAUUAUGAGCUACUGCUGAUGAAAAUGAAGAGGAAAUGGGCCGGAAUAUUCUCAGAAACGAGGGCUGUGAAGAGGCCUCUGGUCCAUCCUCCGACCUCCAGCCUCCACAAUGAUACCCCAGUAGACCUGCAUCUCCAUCUGAACACCACAGUGGACUCCACCCUGAAAGAGGAGCUGAAACAGAUGGAUAUGAAGAGGAAGUGGAUGAAACGACUGAGGGAGAGGGAGGAGCUAAAGAACCUGACUGACAGUUCUGAUGAAAGGCCAGCAGAUGUCAGCCACACUGAGAAAAGUGUUCAGUCUCUGCCUCUACACCCACCACGGACCACCCCUCCUAAUGUACACUCACCAGUGAAGGGACACAAACAGAUGAGCUGGAAGAGGCACCUGAAUAAAACCAGCACUUGCUCUCAGGAACAGGUUCAUGCAAAGAAGGCCCAGAGAAAACGGAGCAAAAAUCUGACGUAG